AUGUGCAGCGCCGACAUCUUUCUCGGCGUCCUCGCCAUCCUCUUCCCUCCUCUUCCAGUUUGGGUGAAGUGCGGUAUCUGCUCGGCGGACUCUCUGAUCAACAUCCUCCUCUUCUUCCUAGGCUAUAUUCCUGGCCUUAUCCACGCCUGGUAUAUCAUCGCGAAAUAUCCCGAUCCCGUAUUUGAGUACAAUAGGGUCGACCAGGAGGAUGGCAGCCGCGUGACGUAUGUCGUCAUCCAGAGCCCGGCGACGAGCCCCCGCCUCAACAGCACAACAUCACGUAUGGCACCGUUGGGCCUGCAUCGCCUCAUGCUCAGCAAGGCCAAGGAGGCUCCAAUGCCAACGCCCAUUCUGCCGGUCCCAGCAACGCGCCGUGUCCUCCUAGCUACGCCGAGGUAG